GUGUCACUAUGGAGUGUGAUGAGAAGCUGCUCAAGGUGCUGGACCGGCUGCUGCUGUACCUGCGCAUCGUGCACUCGGUGGAUUACUACAACACCUCCGAGUACCCCAACGAGGACGAGAUGCCGAACCGCUGCGGGAUCAUCCACGUGCGGGGCCCGCUGCCGCCCAACCGCGUGUCCCACGGCGAAGUGGCCGAGUGGCAGCGCGGGUUCGAGGCGCGCCUGGCCCCGCUGCUGGCCGGCCCCGGCGCCGUCCCCGAGGAGGAGGCGCAGCGCCUCGGCCGCAAGGACCCCGAGCAGGAGCUCGAGAAGUUCGUCAGCGCCAACACCCAGGAGCUGGGCAAGGACAAGUGGCUGUGCCCCCUCAGCGGGAAAAAGUUCAAGGGCCCCGAGUUCGUGCGCAAGCACAUCUUCAACAAGCACGGGGACAAGAUGGGCGCCGUGCGCAAGGAGGUUUUGUUCUUCAACAACUUCCUGAUGGGCCCCUAG